AUGUCAUCAACAUUUAGAGCUUUUAAAGGCAUUGUUCUACUUGUUCUAUUAUUUAUAAUUGUAUCAUUGUAUCGAUCGAAUGUUUUUAAACCUACUAUACCUCAAUUGUUGAAUCAGACUAUAUUAAAUGUAUUCACCUAUAAAACAUCCAUAUUCUCAUCAACGCCAGUGGCAAUGGCAUCAUCAUUUUCACUAUCUUUUGACUACUACAGUAGUGAUGAUUAUCUAUUAGAAUUAUUAAAAGCAAAUGCUAAUUCGAAAAAGCAAGUGGCAUUAAAUUUAGUUGGAGGUGAUUUUUAUCCACUAUACAUAUGGGACUGGUACUUUCGAAUGUACGAAUUAACAAAUUCUACUAUACACAAUUGUAUAGUAAUUGCUCUUGACGAAACAUCGUUUAUUCAAGGUCAAAAAUAUAAAUUACCGACAUUUUAUUCAAAACAUACAUAUGAACAACAAAUAAAAAUUAAAAAUAUUCACGAUUCGAGACAACACAUGUUGUAUAUCGUGGGUAAUGGAAAAUUUCAUACAGUAGCAAGAAUUGUGAAAUUAGGUUAUAAUCCAUUAUUCAGUGAAAUGGACGUAUUUUGGGAAAGAGAUCCAUUUACAGUAUUAAAAGAACCGUGGGAUAAAUAUGAUUUACAAAUAAAUGAUCAUCGUGAUAGUCAUCCACGUGUGAACAUAGCCGUAUACUAUGCGCAUUCUUCAGUGCGUAGUAUUCACUUUUUCAAUGAAUUAUCUGAAUUUUGGACAAAUUUUGGAAAAGGAGCAUUUCUAAGUGAUCAACGUGUUUUCGACGCAUUUUUAGACAACUACGAUAAGUUAGAAUCAACUUAUAUAAAAUUAUGGACAGAUUUAGGACAUGAUUAUCCUAUCCCACCAAUGAAAAAAAUGAAUUGGACAAAACAUACAUUUGAUAAUAAAUUUCAUCAUUUAUUCUCAGAUGGAAAUGCUUAUUAUCUCAUGGAGCGAGCAACAAAGUCGGGUCUACGAUCAAAUAAAUUUUAUAAUUCAUCUGCAUUUUACAUAACCGCUCUUUAUUCAAACACUGCAACCAAUAAAUUACCGUGUAAAAAAUGUGCUACAUUAAAUGAUUGGAGUUUGCUGAUGCGCUCUCUGUUAGCUGUUCAACAAAUAUAUCCAAAUAGAAUAAUGGUGUUACCCACAUUUAAUCAAACACCAAAAGUUCACUCUAUUUUAGAUACAAGAAAAUUAUUUAAAUAUUGGGGUGAAGAUAAAAUUCGUUUGAAUAAUUUUUUAGAACUAAAUUCUAGUCAAUCAUUAUUUUCAUCAUGGAAAAAUGUUUGGAUUGGCUACUGUGAAAAGUCAGAACAAUCCGCAGUUGAUUCAAUUGAUGUACAUUGCAUUAAAUCACCAUCGGGUGCUACAGAAAACGAACUAAAAACAAUUUUAUCCAAAUAUGAAAAUUAUCAUAUGGUAAAUUUUGUUUAUCUCGAAUUUUCACAAUUUUCUGAAGCAAAACAAACAAGUGACCCGUAUCCACCAUGUAAAGUGAAAACUAAAGAAUUAGAAAUGUUUUUCCAUAGACCAUACGAUACAAAUAAGACAUCUUAG